AUGGCGGACCCAGAAAACGCCGAGCAGUCCAUCAGCGCUGCUGAGAUUGCGCUCUACGACCGACAGAUCCGACUGUGGGGAGUUUCCGCGCAAAAGAAGAUCGGAGCUGCCAAGAUCCUCCUGAUCAGCGUGAAAGCGCUCGCGAACGAAGUAGCCAAGAACCUCGUGCUGGCGGGCAUCGGCUCGCUGACCAUCAUCGACCAUGAAAUUGUCAAGGAGGAUGACCUGUCCGCGCAAUUCUUCGUGUCGGAGGAGCAUGUCGGGCAGAACCGCGCGCAAGCAGCCGGGCCCCAAAUCCACAAGAUGAACCCACGGGUAGACCUCCAAAUCGACACGGACGAUGUCAAGACAAAAGCACCCGAGUUCUUCGCCCAGUUCGACGUGACCAUCGCCACCGACCUCGACUUCAUGACCUACAACUCCAUCAACACCGCCUGCCGCGUCGCCCAAAAGCCCUUCUACGCCGCAGGCCUGCACGGGUUCUAUGGCUAUGUCUUCGCCGACCUGAUAACCCACGACUUCGUGAUCGAGCGCGCCAAAUCCAACGUGCCGCCUCAACAACAAGAAACGCCCACCCGCAGCGUCGUAGACAUCACCACCAAGAAAGAAAACGACAAGACCAUUGAGCUGAUCACCAAGCGCGAGACAUACUCCCCCUUACUCCUGGCCAACACAUCCCCCCUCCCCGAAGAAUUCACGCGCAACUCCCGGCGCCGCAAGCAAACCGAACUCGCCGAAUUCACCAAGCUCUCGCGCGAAGCGCACCACUUCCUCAAGCUCGACCCGGAAACGCUGGACGCGGAGUUCCUGCGCAAGUUCCUGCAGAAUCUCGGCGGCGAGCUGAGUCCCGUCGCGGCGUUUAUGGGCGGGGCCCUGGCGCAGGACGUGAUCAAUGUUCUCUCCGCGAGGGAGCAGCCGCUGCAGAAUCUACUGCUUUUCGACGGUGAUCGCUCCAUUGGCCCUAUUUAUUCGUUGCAUCCGUUCUUCCCGCCGGAGAUGGAGGCCCUGGCUGCUGUGCCGCCGGUGGCUAAUCCCAUUCCGUUGGAUGCGGACGUUGUGCCGCCUACUACCAUUGCAUGA